AUGGUUAGAAAAACAAGAAGUGAUAAAAAAGAUACAAUCUGUAAACAUUGUAGUCAUGAAUGUUCAAUAUCUCAAAAACUUCCACAGAGGAAACCAUAUAUGGUAAUCCCAAUUCUAGUUCUUGAGCUAGAACCUGAAAAGGAAGCUUUAGUACUUGGUAAUGAACCACUUGAAGUAAAUGAUCUAGAUAGUUGUAAGACUCUUUUCUAUGAUCUAGAACAAUAUAAUUCUAAUGCAGUUUGCCCACUAACUUUAAAAGAGUUAGAGGAAUAUGAAAAAAAAGAAAUAAAAAAUAAUAAAUCUAGCUACUCUGAAGCAUCCCAUCAGAGCAAGAAUUUGAUUAAUAAAGAAUUUGAGUAUUUAGGAGAAAUUAAGGAGUAUGAAAAGUCAGAGAAGGAUUUAGAAUUUAGAGAACAAGAAGAAUUAGAAACAACAGUUAAAAGAAGAGCCAUAGCUAUACAUCAUGCAAAAGUUCUUAAAUCCUAUCCAGAUAAUGGAAGUGAUAUACGAAAAAUGUUAGAAAGCCGAAGAAAACAGUUUAGAGAAAUACUUGAAAAGAAAUUCAAUAAGCAUAGACAAUUUAAGUUCACUCUAUGUUCAUUUACCAAAUUUCUUAUAGAUGAUAAACCCAGGAAUGAAAAACAGGGAAAAAAGAAUUUACGAACUGAUUGGCUUAGAAAUAAGCAAAUUAUAGUCUACAAUAGAGCUAAAAUAGAUAACUACUUAAGUGAUACCUUCGAACAAAUUCUAUACUAA